AUGUCGGACACCUCCAUAGUAGAUCCAACAACUGAGACACAAGAAACUCCCGAAUCCACGUCCGUUGCCGAUGCUGAUGGGUAUCGUCAUCGAUCAACUGGCACCAUGUAUGAGACGGUAGAGACUAGCACUAGAUUUAGCACCGUGUUUGCCGAUGACUCUCAUCCAUCGUCUCCAUCGGUCGCGGGUGAAACUCAAUCUGCCGGCACGCCCUACCCGCCUUUUACAGAAGGUAAAGAGACUGGCACCAGACCUGAAGCCCAUACGCCAACAGAGUCGAUAAGUGACGUACCGAGCAGUGCAACAUCGAAGCCUACAGCCCCAUCGUCAAUAGAUGAAGAAGACAGCCUCGCUCAUACGAGUGAGCGUGACCAUUCGGAUGUUUCGGCCACGUCCGAGGCCACUCAGUCAGCAGAUGUGCCUGAAACGGAACCGACAAUCAGUGGAGAUCAAGCGGUCAAAACUUCAACCGCUCGGCAGGAUAUGGCCUCAUCGUACGCCACUGUAAUCGACGAAGUUACAGGGACAUCAACACUCUCAGAUGUCUCGUCCAGUGCCGUGUCAUCCGAAAUCACGGAUACGGUGAGUAAGAAUGAACAAACUCCGGAGUCGGCAACCGAAGCGUCAUCUGCUCGGUCGUCAAUCACCGACACGACCAAAUUAGAGACGGCACCAUCAUCGCCAUCGUCAACAACAUCAACGCUUCCACGAACAGAUGACUCUCAUGAUAGCAAGACGGAGAAACCGAGUGGCAGCUCGUUCAAGGAAGAACGCACAGUUUCGUCCGAAGACCUUUCAACUCAGAAGCCCUCAGGAGGAGCUAAGACUGGCCCGCCAUCAAUCUUGACUACAGAUACAGCUACCACUUCGAUAGUAUCACAACCGCACGGAUCAACUGGAUCGGCUGCAGUCUUGAGAGACACUACUCUCACUGAACACACAUCAACGCAAACUAAGACCGCGAAGGCGGACGCAGCGCCCGACCCGCUCGUCUCGUCUUUGCCUACUUCGGCGACAACGACGAUGAGGGCGACGACUAAGGGCGUCACUUCGCCGUAUACUGAUUCGGCAGACCAGACAGCCAAACAAACAACAAAUUUGUCGACAGAAACAACUACGUUCGUAACUUCGCCAUCAAAGACAACAUUGGAGACCACGACCGCUACAAACUCAUACAAUGGAGGAGAGACAAGUUUGCCUAAAUGCCUUUACGAUUCAGUCAUGUUCGGUCUCAAGCAGAAGGAUGGUGAACUGUUAUUGAACAUGGCAAAGGAUUGUAGAUAUUUGAUAGAACAAUGA